AUGAUAGUUUUCAUUUUCUUCGCUGUGGGGCUAUGCUUGGACAGUGAGUCCACUUCCCAAACCAUUGAUUGCACAUAUUUAAGAGAACUCUGCCUAAGUGAUGCAGAUGGAUGUAAACAUGCCUGGAGAAUAAUGGAAGAUGCCUGCAAUGUGUCAGAUCCAGGCAACCCCUGCCAGAUGAAGGAUUCAUCCAUCUGUAAUUUAAGUAUUCAGUCUUUAGCAGAAAGCAAUUUCCAAUUUAAAAAUUGUCUCUGCUCUGAUGACCUCUACUGUACCAUUAAGAAAUUGCUUGGAAAAAAAUGCAUCAACAAAUCAGAUAAUAUGAAAGAGGAUAAUAAAUUCAAGAGGAAUCUAACUACUCUUUCUUAUCAUGGAAUCAGAGGGAUCAGGUCCUGUUUGGAAGUGGUGGAGGAGUGUGUGGCGGAUGUGCUCUGUAACACACAGUUGGCCCUUUACCUGAAAGCUUGCUCAGCAAAUGGAAACUUGUGUGAUGUGAAUCACUGCCAAACAGCCAUCCAGUUAUUCUAUCAAAAUAUGCCUUUUAACACUGCCCAGAUGUUGGCUUUUUGUGACUGUGCUCCUUCUGACGUACCUUGUCAGCAGUCCAGAGAAGCUCUUCACAGCAAGCCAUGUGCAGUGAACAGAGUUCCAGCCCCAACUUGCCUUGAUAUAAUUCACAGCUGCCAAAAUGAUGAAUUAUGCAGGAGGCGCUAUAGAACAUUCCAGUCAAAGUGCUGGCAGCGUGUGAUAAGAAAGUGCCAUGAGGAUGAGACCUGUAUCAGUACCUUAAGCAAGCAAGACCUCACUUGCUCCGGAAGUAAUGACUGCAAAGCUGCUUACAUUGGUACCCUUGGGACAGUCCUUCAAGUGCAGUGCACCUGUAAGACCACUACCCAAAGUGAAGAAUCCUUGUGCAAGAUUUUCAAGCAUAUGCUUCAUAGAAAAUCAUGUUUCAAUUAUGUGACACUGCAUAAUGUCAAAGGCAUUGCACUGCAUAAAGGAAAACAUGCAAAGGAAAUAACUCUCAGCAGAUUUCAUUCCCCCUUCAAUGAAGUCAUCUAUGCUGUCAUGUGCAUGACAGUCAUCUGUGGAAUUCUUCUCUUGGUGAUGGUCAAACUGAGAACCUUCAGAAUAUCAAGUAAAACAAGAGACCCUUCACCAAUCCAAAUACCUGGAGGACUCAUGAUUCAUUGA